AUGAAAUCUCAAUUACCACCAGAAGCCAAUGCGUACAACUUCCCUGUCCAUCUAGCCGUUUAUUACCCAUCCUGCCCCCAAGCUUACUGCUUCAAUGCUCAAGCAGAAGCUCCUGUGGAUGAUUUGCCCGUUCAAGCGGUGGAACAGUCUGCCCCAAAUUUCCAGAUUCUGUCUGAUCUACAUCUGGAAGUGUGCUCACAAUAUUACACAUUUUCGAUCGCACCUGUGGCACCCUAUCUCAUUUUGGCGGGAGAUAUUGGGCGUCUUAUUGAUUAUGAGGGCUACCUAGCAUUUCUUGCAAAGCAAACCGCGCAAUUCGAAAAAGUUUUCCUAGUUCUCGGGAA